AUGACGGGCACCGAGGAGGAGAACGAGCAGCAACUGCAGCAGCAGCACCACAUCGACGCGCUCCUCCAGCGCUACCUCACCUUGCUGGACGAGUACACGAGCCUGCGCACAGAGCUGUCGCGCCUGCAGACGGGCGUGUACCAAGACCUGGCGCGGGCCAACUUCGCAGCCGAGAGGGGCAUGCGGUACGGCGCGGACUACUACGACGAGCGGAUGCAGGCGCUGCGGACGCUGCGGGUUGACGUGCCGACGGAGGCGGCGCACUUCGCAGUCGAGGCCGUGGGCGACCUGAGGGGAGGCGAAGAGGCGAAGGUGGAUGGCAAGGAGGAGAGUGCGGGUGAGCAGGAGGGACAGGACGUGAAGCACGAGGAUGACGGCGAUGAGGAAGAGAAGGAGAAGGAGAGUGAGGCGCCGCCUAGAGUAAAGGACCCGCUGCGAUGGUUCGGCAUUCUCACGCCGCAGGCGUUGCGGUCGGCGCAGGCUCGGUCUGUGGAGGCGGUAGAGCGGGUGAUUCCCCGGCUCGCGUCUGUGGACGCCGAGAUGGCUGCCGUCGAGAUUGAGGUGCGCCGGGCCAGGAAGAAGCGGGCCAAGGCGCUGGCGAUGAUCGGGAAGAGGAAUGGGGAGGCUGAUGCUGGCGAUCAAAAGAGUGUGGCUACUGGAGGGAUGGCGACGGCACGGCACAUAGAGGAACAGGCGGCGUGA